AGAAUUUAUCCACCAGUCGUCCUGGGCAGAGCAGGGUCAGGCGCUAAGUGUUGAUAACAUGUAUUCGUCCUCGACUGAGCGCUAGGCCAGCCAAGGCCGUUUAUCGAACAUGCCUAUCAGCUGACUACUCUGCGGCGGCUCCAUUCACACUCGCCUGCUCUGAGCUACUGACGCUCGCUGCUUGUUCCCUGGCUGUCGGCGAGUGGCUCCCAGCUUUAUUACACAAAACAGACGGGCAGAAGACAAGAUGAGUGUGCCGAAAUUUGUACCAAGGACAACCCAGCUCUUGUCGCACACCCUGGCGGUGAUUUUCGCCCUUAGUACAUUCAUUCCUCUGGGACAGCUGUACUACAAGUAUGACUACCAUUGCAUUCUCAACGCUAGACUGACAGUUUCGAUAUCCCCGAACGAGAGCUCUGUGGCAAGAAUCGGGGACAAGACGGGGUGGGGAGAUGGCAGUCUCUGUCAUUUCACCAUAUUCCUGCCUGUGUUUGUGGCUAUUCAUGCUUUUGUCUGGGGAUGGUUCACCAUUCACUUGAUUAGAACACUGAAAGAGACUGGGAGGGAGCUGGCCCUGUAUCUGCUUAUCUUCGUCGCCCACGCCCUUGUCUGUAUAUGUGCCUUUGUGUCCAGUGCCCUGCUGUCAUCCAGCGCCAGUAAACUUUGCGCCAACAUGAGCAUAGUUCCCUCCAACAAAUAUGCCUGUCUAGAUCUCGCGACAAAAGACUGGUCUCUGGAGACUACGUCAAAGCGCACUUUAUCCCCUUUUGCCAGGAUUACUGUUGCGCAGGUCAGCUCUUGGGUGAUGACGAUCAUGGCGGCUGUGCCCUGUGGGGUGUCUAUAUAUUACAUGCUGAAAGCACCCGCCAACUAUCAGGCCAUGCCCCUGAAGGUCACCACAGGUGUGAACGGCCCGUUAACAGAUAACGAGGAGUCGAUGGCAGAUGAUGACUCCCUAGACCGCAGUUACCCAAUAUAAUUUACCCUGGACACUUCACUCUUCGGUUUGCAGAAAGAAGAACCGAUUUAAAUUCCAAGGAGAAGCUUCCGGUACACAACUGUAAAGACUGUGGGACGUGAAAUCAGAUCCAGGUGAUAUUAAAAAUGGCCAAUCUUCGUGCCCAGGUGAUGACUUCGAGCCAGGAAACAUCUGAGAAGAUUGAUAGCCGACGUGUUGGCCUCAUUAGCGUUCUAGAUACGCUACCUGCGGGAUGAGAUGGCGCUGGACUUGAAACAUUCUCACCUUUGCACUGAACCAAAACCUGUCAGAUAAGAGCAUCUGCAAACAACAGAAAAAAAGUCAGUGGUUGAGGGCAGGGGUUAGAAUGUUUCCCACAAGCCUCUGGCUACCCUAGCUUAGUAUCGACCCUGUUGCCUUCAUCCAGAGGGUGACUCCCACAAACAACAUGGCCAUCUUGGCAUCCGGGUAAAGAGUCACAUCUUGUACUGCCUACCUUCAACAUCAAAUCACACGGUCUUGCAUUUGAUUGGUGGGGCCCAGACAGCUUAUCCAGUCAAAUGGGUGCUCUGCCUAUUCCUAAAAUAGUUGAUUUGUGUCGUUUUACGAUUAAAAAUAAAACACCACACGUCUCGUUCUGGCACCGGAAGCUAGCCACAGCGCUUGGCCACCAAUGCCCCCCGUCCCGUCGACCAGUCUGAAAUGUCAUUGUGGAUUGUUCUCGCUGGGCCCUUUUGUGACGAUGUUGAUUCUUAGAAUUAGCACGCAGUGGAUGAAAUUAAUUAGGAAAGACACUUAUACUGAUGAGUUCGUGUAUUGUGCCAAGGCAGUAAUUUUCUGCAAAACGUCAUCAUGAUUACAUGUACCCAUUUCAUGUCAGCUUCCUGUUGUGAUGACUGCACCUCGGCUCCCAGGCACUGUGGUAGUGCAGUUAAUCUUCUGUAAAACGUCUUCAUCCAUCCCUGUUAUGUCAUUUCUACGCUGCAACAUACAACCAUUCCGCCAGUGCAGGUAAUUGUCUGUAAAACUCUCAUCUUGCGUACAUUGAUCCCUCUCAAGCCAUGAGUCCGCUGCCAAGAUUCGGCUUCAGCAUGCAGAAGUGACUCCUUCAGAACGGGAUUUCUUGUGGGAUUGAAAGUAGCUGAGUACCCUUGUACACGACGGCUGACAACAUACAUUUCUCCCAUGAACUCAUCAGAGUAUUGUGAUAUUAUAACAAACUUGUACCAGGAAAAUUGUUUACCAUAUGUUUAACCACAUUGCAUGCUUUGACAUUUCCGGAGUACCAGACAGAGAAUACUUAAUUGGCAUUUAAUCUAAAGAGUGGACCAGAAACACACUAUAGCUGCAGUUGGCAAACGUAGUGAGAUAUUAUGUGAUUGGGUAAUUUGUGAUUAUCUGAAAUCUAGUAAGAGAUAUUAGAAAUUAUUUAUUUAUUUAUUUAUUUGAUUGGUGUUUUACGCCGUACUCAAGAAUAUUUCACUUAUACGACGGCGGCCAGCAUUAUGGUGGGUGGAAACCGGGCAGAGCCCGGGGGAAACUACGACCAUCCGCAGGUUGCUGGCAGACCUUCCCACUUACGGCCGGAGAGGAAGCCAGCAUGAGCUGGACUUGAACUCACAGCGACCGCAUUGGUGAGAGGCUUCUGGGUCAAUACGCUGCGCUAGCGCGCUAACCGACUGAGCCACGGAGGCCCCUAUUAGAAAUUAAAAUAACAGAAUAGGGAAAAGGUUCUGACUACAACCACAACUUUGACGUGAACCAUGACGUGCUCAAGAGUUCCAAGAAGCUGUUCUCGCAAGUUCACGUGCGGAAGCCUGUUAACCAAUUAACCAAUCAGAAGUCAUCGUUUUGAACAGCCGAAUGUCGUUGGUAUACUUGACAUAUGUGACGAUUCCGCUGCCAUGCUGACUAUCUAUUGGACGCCUGAUGUGACGCUAUAGACAAACGAGAUUCUGCGAGACUACUAACAACUGGGGUCUUUGUAACAAUUGUAAAUGUUCCAGCGGCGUACAUACGUUGUAUACGUUAAUUAAGUAUGUGUCACAGUUGACUCCAAACAGUAUUAUGAAGUCAUACCAAAUUCGAUCUAUGUUGAAUGUCACCAUACAGAUCAGGAGAUUAUGUGUUUAAUUUAUUUACUGAUCAGAUUAUCAUUAUUAUUAUUAUCGUUGACUGAAUCCAUUCUUAAUUAAUAUACAUACAUAUGUUUGUCAGCCGGUUACAGUGUGUUUGAAACAGGUUAAAUUGUUAUCGUUUAAUUUAUAAGUAAAAAUACAUAUUUUACUUUGAUAUUAAUUAACGCGCGCCUAUGUAUUUCCCGUUGUCUUGACUUUGGGGUUUUGAUUAUAGCGUGUUCAUGAGCUUGCGCAGAAAGUAUUUAACUCCUGUGCGCAGAAAAUACCGAGAGAUUCAUGAAACACAUUUGCAUUUUCUACUUUUAUAUGAAAAAAGAUUAGACUAUUUUUGUAUUAAAAAAACUCCUGUUCACUGAAAUGCAUUCAUGAAUUUAAAUUAGGCAGGUGAAAUGGCUGGUUGCAAGGAAAGUUAAAACACAUUAUCACAUAUAGUAAUAUCCACGAUGUUGGUUUUGUACUUUAAGUCCUUGCAGACAUUAUGCUUCAAAAGCUUUCCAAUAUCGACGACGAUGUUUUGUAGUUCGAAGUGUUCGCAGGAAUUAUGCAUCAAAAGCUUUUCCAAUAGCGACGACGAAUGACAUUCCAUUAGUAAAAGGAAAUGUUCUGUUCAUUACAGCGCAAAAAUUGGGCUGUAAAUAAUAACUCUAUUACCUUAUUAAAUUUAUCUGUCGACUGUUUAGGAAUGGAGUAAUGUUUUCUUUUUUAUUUAUGGCUGUGUUUGAUCGUGUAAGUCAGUGACCUAUAGGUGUACAAGUUACCAGGUAUUUCAACAAGAUCCAAUCAACUAGCCAACAUGCCUUCGGAAGACGCUGUUAUAUAUAUCCGAUGUGGCGUUCAACACAAAUCAAACGCAUGGAUAUAUACUUAAUCAGUGGAAAUCGAAUGUUGCCAGCACUUGCAGAUGGGACAUCGGGUGUAGAGUGUAUUGCGAACUUUUUUGCUCUAUAUAUACAUAGGAGUUAAUGCUUCUGAAACAAAGCCUGUACUAGUUGUUGUUUUACUUGGAUGUACAUGUAGUUCUGGCUGGAUUCAGGGUUAACCAGUGCACUUCGUUCUGCUUUUCUGUUCAAUCGAUUACUCGUGUUGGAUCCUGGUUGUGAAGUUUGCUGAGGAAACUUAAAUGUUAAAUAAAAGAGCUGUUCUAAUGAUCACGGCAUAUACAGUGUAUGCCUUUGUCCUUUUUCUUUUUGUUCGUGUGUACAUCUGUUUGUAUUCCUUGUCAAGAAUGGACGUCAAAUAAA